ACCGCCGCGGCCAUGGCCGAAAUUCCCCUUCUCGUCAUUAUCCCCGGCUGGUGGCAGCCCACCGACUCGUGGCACGACUUCCUAACUGCCGCGCGGAAACAAAACGCCGGCUUUGACGGAAUCGUUGUGUCGCUGCCGAGCAAAACCGAUGUAGCAUCGCGCCAGGCCGGACUCCCGCGGGAUGUAGCCGCCGUCCGCGCAGCGCUUGAGACGGUGGUUGAAGAGGGCAGAAUGGUCGUGCUCCUCUGCCACUGCUCGGGUGGCAUCAUUGGAAGCAACGCCGUCGAGGGCUAUGAUCUUGCCGCCCGUCGCAGGGCUGGUAAGCAGGGAGGCGUCAUGAGCAUCAUCUACCUCGCCGCCUUCAUCCUGCCCAAGCGCCAUACGCUGUUUGGCAUCGUCGGAAAUCUUGACAUUUACCAGUGGGUGCACAUCGAUCCUGACCGAGAGGCAACCAAUCCCGACAUGUUCAGAGAUGGCCUCAAGAGACUGUUCACUCGCUCCUCGAUCUCUGUACUCGACGUUACGCCCACCUAUGAGCCUUGGGCCCACGGCAUCCCGUGCUCCUACAUCUAUACCGAACUCGACAACGCCGUAAGCCACUGGGACCAGCAGAAAAUGGUGGCCCGAGUUCUGGGUCUCGCUCCGCCCACUCUCACCUUGCACAGCUUCCACUGCCCUUUCAUUGACAUUCCCGACGACUUGGCCAGGGCUAUACACAGGAUGCUGUAUGACGGGUACUAA